AGUGCUCAAUACCGUAUAUAUAUAUACAUAUCUAUAUAUAUAUCUAUAUAUAUAUAUAUAUAUAUAUAUAUAUAUAUAUAUAUAUAUAUAUAUAUAUAUAUAUAUAUAUAUAUAUAUAUAUAUAUAUAUAUAUAUAUAUAUAUAUAUAACUACAGACGGUACCGUUUCGGGCUUAUGGGCCUCUUCAGUGUGUAGUGCUAAUGAGCAGGAUGAAAUUAAUAUAUUUGCCACCUGAUGAUUCCUCUUUGAUGAAACAGGCUUUGUUGUGGCAACUUUUGAUAUAUAACCAUGGUUCUUGUUAAUUUGUCCCAUAUUCUUUCCACUUUAGCACCAUGAUGAGUUUUACGCACAGCUCCGUCAUUUCUUUGCUGUUUCCAGCCUUGGCUCUGAUCGUGUGGACCAAAGCUCAGGGUCAAACGGAACAAGCAAAGGCUGAAUCAUUUCUGAAAAAUGUCAAUAAAAUCUUGGCGCAGAAAGGCUACGAAAGCAGCGUGGCCUACUGGGCGUUCAAUACUAACAUCACGGACUACAACUCUGCUGUGCAAGUCCAAGCCAGUCUCGCCUAUAGCAAAGCGUACGCAGAAAUCCAAAAUAUUGCUUCCCGAUUCGAUUUGAGCAAAUUGAAAGAAGACACCGCACGACAAAUUAAGUUCCUGCGCAAUUCUACGGCACUGAAAAACGAAACUGAAUUUAAAGAGGCCGAGAAUCUUGGUUCAAAAUUGAGCCAAUUGUACAGCACGGCUAAAGUCGGCAACGACUCCUUGAGUCCGGAGUUAGUUGGUAUCAUGGCGAAAUCGCGCGAUUAUAAUAAGCUCCUGAAUACCUGGCGGAGAUGGCGUGAUGAAUCCGGACGAAAAAUGCGAGACAUCUACAGACGUUUCGUAGAUUUAAAAAACAAAGGUGCGAGUGAAAACGGUUACACUGAUCGCGGACAGGCAUGGAGAGGGAGGUACGAAGUUGAUGAUCUCGGCGCUAUUGUGGAAAAAAUGUGGAAUGACGUGCGACCGCUGUACUUAGAAUUACAUGCAUAUGUGCGAUACAAGUUAACAAAGGUCUAUUCUGGCAAAGUUUUCGAAGAUGAUUAUAUUGAAGCCCAUUUGUUAGGCAACAUGUGGGCGCAGAAUUGGGUAAAUAUAUUUGAUUUAUUGGAGCCUUACAAGAAUAAAUCUAGUCUGGACGUUACAUCAAAUUUGAAGAAUGAUCAGCGGUAUAAUACUCCUCUGAAGCUGACCAAAUUGGCAGAGAGUUUUUUCCUUUCCCUUGGAUUGAUACGCCUUCCUGCUUCCUUCUACGAAAAAUCGUUGUUACAGAAACCCAAAGAUCGCGAGGUGGUAUGCCAUGCUUCUGCACGGGAUUUCAGGUUGUACAAAGAUGUGAGGCAAGUAUUAUAUGACUUGGUUUCUUAGUAAUUAUAAUAAUUGAUGUUUAUUGAAACUGUCUUGCAGUAUAUUUACACUGAAUUAACGAGUCCAAAGUAUUACUAAGACUAUAUUUACAUCAAUACAUAUACAACUGUUAAAACUAUGUAUAAACAUUAAAAAUAUUUAAAGGUAAAAAAUUGUUCAGAUCUUAAAGUUCUGCAUUUGGUUGUGUUCUUAAAUAAAAUAGUAUUGUCUUGCCCAUUUCGUAGGCUAUACCUGCAUUCGCUCAUCUUAUGUUCUGGGAGCAUAAAAUGCAGGGGAUGAUCCUCCUUCUUCGUUUUAGUCAUACGCCACCGGCUUCAUUUUAGUCGAAGCUAUAAGACCGGCUUAUUUUCAUCUGAAAAAUAAAUCUGGUGACCUAUCUUUUUUAUUUCAUAUAUCAAUAGAGCAUGAUCCUCUGCAACUAUUGAGAAAAUUUAAUAAAAUUCUUUAGAGUGCGAUUUUUUUAAAAGCGAAAAUUUUAUAACAAGAUUUCCACUCUAAAGAAUUUUUUAAAGUUUGAAAUAUAUAAAAUUCACUGGCUAAAUCUAAAAUUUGUAGUCAAAAUGUUAACUGGUACGUUACCGAUGAAAAUAAUGAGUAAAAUGCAAUUCAAGUUGUAAGAACGCCUCGUGUAACUCGAGAAAUUCCCUCCAUUAAAGUGUCGCUGACUAGUAAAAUAUUGUACGCGGGCGCAGAACGAGCUUUCAUUAUUACCGGUUCUUUUUGUUAACUUUUCGAUUUAUUUGACUUCCAUGGACAGCCAAGGAAUAUUGUGAAGGAUCAAAUCGAUGAAAGCACAAAACCUCUAUAAGGUUGAAGCUAAUUGAACCCUGCCGUUUACUCAAUCUAUGAGCUGUAACAGCCUAACAAGUGGACGUGUUUUUUUUGUUUGGUUUUCCACUUUUUGCUAAAAAUGACCAAUUAGGCUAUGAAACUGUGAUGUUUUUAUGUUUACAUAUAAUCACUUUAAUCUUGUAGAAGUGAAACGACUAAAAACGUGAACAUUUUCUUGAGAAGUAAACAACUUUUUAAACGUUUGUUAAACGUUUGUGUACAAUUUUGCAAAUGUUUUACAGUUGACAGUGUAUAUUUAAAAAAAAAUAAAAAACAUUGUUUCGUAGCUAUUUUUUGGUCUAGUGAUAUUUGUAUCAUAUGUAGAAUUGCUGUUUAGACUCGAAAUUGAUUUGGCACUCAAAACGAACUAUUAUUCAACGCUUUUCUUUCAUUAGAAACCUUUCAGAAAUAGCUUUUUUCAAAAGAAAAGGUCAAUUUUUGUUUUGUUUUGAUCGUGCGGUUGCGUGGGAUAGUCCACGUACUGCUCCCGCGAACAUCUCGCAUGUUACUGUAGGGAGCUUCCUUAAAUUAAUGACCAUGCAAAUUUACACCGAGUUCGUAGAAGCGUUAAGUAACAUUCAGAAAAUAUUUUGUUCUCAUUAAUAGCUCUAUUAUCUUUAAAGAGUGCAAUGACUCCAUAAACUGAAAUGCGUCUAUUAUAGUUAUUAACGCCUUUCUCCAUGACAGUAUUAAUUCCGCAUCGUCAGUAAUUCACGCUUCAUGUCCUGUUGUUUCUGCGUGUUUCUUUAUUGCCGACUCGAUUUGUGGCAUUCGGUGCCUGAUUUGUACUCCGCCCUGCAACGCGACCUCUAGUUUCUUUUACUCUACCCAACGUAUGAGGUUGUUAUAAUUAUAUGUUUUCUUAGAAUAUGUUUUAUUAGAAGAUGGAUUUUCGUCUAAAUGUACGUUUACACACAACGAUUAAUCGGGCCGAUUUCAGGUUUUGCCGCAUGUUAAAGACGAAUGUUGUCAUGAUCAGUUGACGAUGUCGUCAGAUGACGUACAGUGGACAGCAUAUUUUUUAAAUAUCAUUUAUAAAAGCUGAAUCGGCCCGAUUAAUCGUUGUGUAUAAACGUACCAUUAUCUGGGACAAGAAACUCGUCAUGAUAACCCUCAUGGAAACCAGCCUUCCAACGGCUGUUGAGGCUAGCGUGGUUUAAAUAAAGUGUUGUAUGUAUGUAUAUAAUUUAAAUCCCGUAAAUGACGUAGGCCUAUGCGGAUUUCCGUCUCAAGGUCCCUGUCUAUUUUUCUCAUCCGUCUUCUAAUAUGAAUCCAGCUAUUAAUUUAAAAAUGUAAUAGCUCUUACGAAUAUUUCACAUAAUUAUAGAUUUCACAAUCAUGUAAAAAUGCCUUUCAAAUGUGAAGUGUUCCAAUUCCACACAAGACUAGCAGUAAUAUUUUCACGUGCGAGAUUAGUUGUCACAUGUGAAAAUUAAUUUACCAAACCUUUAAUUUCACAUGCGAAAAAAUAUUUAAAACUCAUAUUUCCUAAUAAUGUGCAUGAAACUGGUAAAAUUCACAUGUGAAAUAAAUAUUUUCACAUGUGAAAUGUUCCAAUUCCACAUAAAAUUUCACUGCCAUAUGAAAUUACAUGUGAAUUUUAGUAGGCUACACAUAUAUUUAGGUAUAUAACAGCGUAUAACUUAAAAAAACCCGAAUUAACAGUCAUAAUCUGACGAAGUUUUCGAUCCGUAAGACCGGUUCGCGUGAUCCAUGAGCACACAUAAAUUAUUGCGAAUUAAGUUUCAGUCGAUUUUAAGCUUAUCACAGUGUAACUAUUUCUAGAAUCAAGCAAUGCGUCGAAAUCACUCACAACCAUUUGGUAACUUUACAUCACGAACUUGGACACAUCCAAUACUAUUUGCAAUACUGGGAUUUGCCAAUUGUUUAUCGUACAGGCGCCAAUCCAGGAUUCCACGAGGCUGUAGGGGACUUAAUGUCACUUUCAGUUGAUACACCCACGCAUUUAGAAAGACUUGGAUUGUUAAAAGACUACAAAAGUGACAACGGUAGGCUGCAUGAAGUAUUUUCGUUUACCUUAGGGACCGUUCAUUAUUUAUACCCGGGGUUGGUACCGAAGAGAUAUGGGUUGGAUAAUCACGUUUUUGACUAGCUCAUGGGUUGGGUAAAAAAAUUAUGGCUGUUUGUCAGCUAUAAAAUAAAAUAAAACCAAAAUUACAAUGCAUUGAAAAAUAUGAAGAAAAAUGCGUACAAACAAAUAAUGUUUUUCAUAUAAUGUAAUUGUUUUGUAUAUAUAGUUUACCUUUUUCUUCGUCGUUAUGUAACAAAAUACUUGAUGUGUUACCACUGGAAUAUUGUUUGUGUUGUUUUACCUCGAAACUGAAUGUUAAUUCCUCCGACUUCUCCGGCGGGAAACAUUGAAACUCUCGGCAAGCCAUUUUGUAUCAUUCUGUAUCAAAAUAGGCCAUCAGUGAUUGAGGAAGGAUUCUAUCAUUGAUCAGCAGAAACGUGAUUGCUUUGGCACACUCAGUCAGUUUGAGUGUGAGUGAGCUUUUAGAAUUUAGGCGACUUGAUUUCUGUCACCAUAAUCUUGUGUGUUUAAUUAUUAUGAAGUACAGUAACACAUGAGUUGAGUAAACAUUAUUUUGACCGUUGUUGAGGUUGGGUAAAUAAAAGAUUUACAGUGUUUUUCGCUUUUCUUCGGAACCAACCCUAGGUAUAAUUUAAUGAACGGUCCCUUAACUAAAAUAAUUCAAGCACUUGUUUUGUAAGAAUGGAGAUAAUGAUAUAUACUUUAGUUUAGUAUAUGACAAGCUGAAGGGAAUUUCAAUUAUAACAAGAAAAACUCCUAGCCUAGAUUUUCAUGCCAUUUAAGAGCAUGAACUUUUGGAUAAGAGAGGCAAAAAGUUAUGAAGAAGUAAAAUUACAUGGAGGAGAGAAGGGAGCAAACAACAGCAAUAAAAAAGUGUUGUCUGGAAGUGGACAAAAUAAGUGAGCAAAAUAACCUCAAAAACAUGUUAUUGUUGUAAUCUCUAGCUAAAAUAAUUUUUUUUGUUAAUAAAAUUUUAGAGACGGAUAUUAAUGUACUGAUGAACGUGGCGUUGAGAAAAAUAGCAUUCUUACCAUUCGGCUAUCUGAUUGACCAAUGGCGAUGGAAUGUAUUCAAUGGUAAUAUCAAGGAAACAGAGUACAAUUCAAAGUGGUGGGAAUUGAGAAGUAAAUAUCAAGGUAUUAAACCACCUGUACCAAGAAGCGAGAACGACUUCGAUCCUGGUGCCAAAUUUCAUAUACCUGCUGAUGUACCUUAUAUCAGGUUUGUAAGAAUAAAAUACUUUUUUUUAUAGCUACUCUUGCUUCAACUAAAUUAACGUGAUUGGCUUAUUAGUGGUCACUUGGAUUUAGAGUUCCGGCCCACGAGUGAAAAAUUGUUGACCGCUCCGACGGGCUGCGUACAUGAAUCGUAAAAAUGGAAUCAAAAGUUUAGGAACGUUUUUCCAGUUUAAGAAAAUAAUUCAGUAUCUAAGAGAGGAGAAAGAUACCCAAGAAACAGAUUUUAUAAGAUAAUUUAUACUAAAAUGUUUUUUUUCAUAUAAUGUAAUUGUUUUGUAUAUAUAGUUUACCUUUUUCUUCGUCGUUAUGUAACAAAAUACUUGAUGUGUUACCACUGGAAUAUUGUUUGUUUUGUUUUACCUCGAAACUGAAUGUUAAUUUCUCCGACUUCUCGGGAAACAUUGACACUCUCGGCAAGCCAUUUUUUUAAUGCAAUGGACUGGUGGGGCAUUUGUCCCACUGGGCCCAUUCCUCUACCCCACGAAUUGUGAAGAAAAAUGGCCUACUGUCCCAAAGCCAGGGCCCUAGAACCCAUAUUGAGUAAAUAGGUUUAUCAUUGAGAAGAAGUUUAAAAAACAAAAUUUUUUGUUUAAAUGUUUAGCAUGCAAUUUAUUACAAAUUUCACCAUUAAAACUAAUUGUUUGAGAAGCUGAGAUUUCUUUAAAUGUGUUCUCAGAAUGCAGAAAAUGCUAUUUCAGAGACUCAAAUUUUAAAAUUUUCCUUGGGGGAGGGGUGGUGGCGGCAUGAAAACACACCCUUGGCGAUCGCAUACUAUUCUGGGUGGAGGGCAAGGGAAAUGGGCCCUUUAGCUUUGGCAGUUUUUCCCCACCGCUAAAGAAGAAGACCUCUCGGGAAGACCAAAUAACGCUCGGAAGCAGGCAAUAAGUUUAAAAAGUACGUUAUAAUAUUGAACGACAGAAUAAAGGGAACAUACUAUGAUUCAUCAUACAGUUUCCUUUCACCUACACAAUCGACCUUAUAUAACUUUUUCAUGUAUGCGUAGCUAUUGUGUCAAACGAGAGAACAAAUGAACUGCCGAAAAUCGCUACGUCAUGGAUUUCAUCACUUUUAUAUUUCUCAUUAACGUCUGCUAUUCAAGUAAUUACAGACAGGUGAAAGAGUAGCGUAAGCAUCAAUCUCGUUCCCAUGCAGUCCCGUAAUACCCUGUGAACGAGGUUGCGUAUAUAAGCAUUAUUUUAUUAUUAUAUUGUCCAAUCUGUGGUAGUUUGAAAAUGCCCAGAGCAAUUCUACACAACAAAAUGAUUGUACAUAAUUUCAUUUACUCUAUAUAGAUAUUUCAUCAGCUAUAUCCUUCAGUUCCAGUUUCACAAAGCCGUAUGUGAAGCAGCGCAGUUCAAAGGUCCUUUGUUUAAGUGCUCAGUAUAUAAUUCUACAGCCGCUGGAAAGAAGAUAGCGUAAGUUUGUUUAAGAAUUUUAACGUAUAAGAUAGGUACACACAGUUGAAUUCAUCUUUUCCUGCCUCAUGAUGUGAACGAAGUGGACGGACAUCGAAUUUGGCAAGAACAUUAAACGAGGUCUCAUUAUUUAACUUGUACGGACAAUGUUGAGUAUCUUUUAAUCUCUAUAGGGCCUGGAACGAGCCUAAAAGCAAUUUUACUAUCGAUUCCCUUCCAGAGCAAAUCAGAUGAACAAAUACUGAAAUUGAUUCACUGAUAUACAAUAUUUAAGAUAACAAUAUUCAUAAACGCUAUUCAAAAACAAUUUCACUUGUUUUUAGAAACAAAUAUUUCCCAAACAAUUUGUUGGAGAGGGAAAAUGACUUGAUACGUACAUUUAUAGCAACGUGAAAAAGUCUUUCCUUUCAUUAAAAUUUACACUUUUUAUAUUUUUUUGCGACGUAAGCUUGCAUUGAAGAAUGCGUCCACUAUAUGUACGUUUUUGUUUUAUAGUGCGAUGCUCAAACUGGGUAAAAGUAAACCAUGGCCAUUCGCUUUGGAGAAAAUGACAGGGAGUAAAGAAAUGUCUGCAACUCCAAUUAAGGAAUAUUUUCAACCACUCCAAGAGUGGCUGGUGAAAGAAAGAUGCAGCAAGAGAUACAAAAUUGGUUGGCCUGGUGAACCUGCUUACGGCGUCAACCAUUGUGGCAAAGUCUACGACAACAAUUACACCAAACACAGUCAGCGAUGGAAACAAUUCCAGAACCAGAUCGGCGUCAAACACAGAUACUAGAAAAUGAUCACCAAUUACUUGCUUGAUUAUUAAUGAUCGUUUAUGUCUGAAAAAAUAUAUAGCAU